ACGUCAUUCUAGAGGCGCCAAAUCGGCCGCAGACAGAAAACAACACGAAGUUCAUUGUAAGUGCCGUCACCGUUUGAAUAGCCAGCUGUCAUGGACCUCAGCCCCUUUGAAACAGACAACUCUGUCAGCUGCAGACUGGCCUCUCAGAUCCCUGAGGUCUGCCGGACUGAGGACUGCUGUCUGGGCAUUGACGAGGCGGGCAGGGGGCCUGUGCUGGGGCCCAUGGUGUAUGGAAUAUGUUUCUGUCCAGUUUCCAAAAAGGAGGAGCUGAAGGAAUCGAAAGUGGCAGAUUCAAAGACUCUAACAGAGGCAGAAAGAGAGAAUCUUUUCCAAAAACUGGAUGAAGCCAAAAGUUACAUAGGCUGGGCUCUGCAGAUUCUCUCACCAAACACCAUCUCUACCAGCAUGUUACAGAGGACAAAAUACAACCUGAACGCCCUUUCACACGAUACAGCAAUUGGUCUAGUACAGUAUGCCUUGGACAGCGGGGUACAGCUCACAGAGGUAUUUGUAGACACAGUCGGCCCAGCAGAGAAGUAUGAGGAGAAACUCUCGAAGCUGUUCCCAGGUAUCAAGGUGACUGUGAGGCCAAAGGCCGACUCCCUCUUCCCCAUCGUCAGUGCGGCCAGUAUCUGUGCAAAGGUGGCCAGGGAUCGUGUUGUAAAGGGCUGGAACUUUGCUGAGGACCUGGGAGAGGUGGAUACAGACUAUGGCUCAGGAUAUCCAAAUGACCCCAAGACCAAAGCAUGGCUGCUGAAGUACCUGGAUCCAGUGUUCGGUUACCCUCAGUUUGUUCGAUUUAGUUGGAGCACUGCCCAAACCUUGAUGGAGAGCAAGGGCGUGACUGUCCACUGGGACGACGAUGAAGAGGUCGGGGAGAAGGCAGCCCAGCGGCAGAACAACAGGUCCAUGCUGGCCUACUUCAGUGCAUCAGCUGGAGGUAACAACCAAAACCCAACCCACCAGACACACCGCUUCUUCACUGAGCGGAGGCUGAAGAGCCUCGACACACUCUGAAGACAACACAGUGAAGGACACGCGCACACAGACAGGAAAUCAAAAGCUCUGUGAUAUUUUCAUGUGCAGCCUUGACAGUUAAGUCUUGGGUAAAGAUGUGGACUUUAAUUAAACAUUUCAGACCUGAUGUUUGUAUCAUUAACACAGACGUAAAUGUAGAGCUAUCUUUAUUUGUCCUCUUUGUACCUGUUUUUUUAAAUACAUAAAAGUAUGUUUAAAACUCA